AUGGAAGAUACACCCGUACUUGUCUCUCCGGCAUUAAUCAAGUUGGAAAGUAUGUCGUCUUCUCAGAAUACCGACAACAUGGAUCUUAGCAAUCCCUCCGCGGAGAACACCUCGCAUGAGCAUCGUAAUGCUGCACAGCUUCUGACGGGCAAUUCUGAAAUUGCCUUCGGCGAAACCUCAAUGUCAGAAGUCUCGGGCGUGGAGGAAAUUCGGGACAGCCCAGAGCAUGGUUCCGCCAUGGAGGCCCCCCUGGCAACAGCAUUCGCUCCACGCCUUCGUUCUUCGCCUCCGCGUGCGCAGAACAUCCACACCGACACGCCCCCAAAUGGUAUUAGCUCCGCCGCGCCCGCCUCUUCCGCCGCUGAACCUAGCCAAUUAGUCGAUCGACGGAUUAUCGUCGCCGCACAAGAUUUCGUGGAUCGUGCACUUGGAGAAGAGAAUGCCCGUACGCUGCCAUCACGUGAGCAAUUCCUCAAUCCCGAGAGUGCUAACGGUCUACUGUUACUGUCUGAUCCCCGCACUGAUGUCCGUCCUCAAGACGUCUGCUCAAUCUGCCUAGAAAAGAUUGAGGACUUGAGUGGCGCUGUAGUCAUCAUUGCGUGCGGCCAUAUAUACCACCGGCACUGUCUGUAUACGUGGUUCGAAAACCCGGCACGUUUCGGAACUUGUCCUAUGGAUCGUCGACGUCUCUUCGUUAUGCCCCGUCGGGACAAUCGCCGUGGUCGUCUCGUUGACGGAAGCCAUCUGCAUGGUCCUGAUGGUCUCCUGGUGCUGGGUCGCCGUCGUGAGGAGAUUCAAGGCCGCCUGAAUCCCGACGAUGCGCUGAGAAUUGCGGCGGCUUCCCUUGCUCGGAUGCAUGGGCCGCGUGAGGCACGCCAAUUCAUCGCUGAGGUGGACCGUCGCCGCCGACAAUCUAAUGUAAGCCGUCGUCUUGUUAUUGAGCCCCGCCUCCGUGCUGAUCCAGACUUUCGUCGCGCUGAACAGGACCGAUCGGACCGUCUCGAGGCUGUGUUACAUGCUCGCGCCGCUGAACUAUACCGUGGUCAGUCAAACCACCGUAUCGAUGAGUUGGGCCGUCGCGUUGACCGUCACUCCGGUACUGAGCAGACUGCUGGCGUAGCUUCAGAAUUGCUCUUCCAAGACGAGACUGUCCGAGUCCGUUUACCGCGCCCGUCAGCGUACCGUACCAGCCAUGAACCUGAAGGCCCUUAG